AUGAAUGUUGCUAGCCUAAGGUCUAGUAUGUCCUCUUACGGGGAUCCAAGGUACCUCUCAGCCGCAUAUCCCAGCGGAGCAGUUACUGGGAUUCCUUCAAAGGUUCUCGUGGAUGGCUACCGUGGUACUUCGGAUUUAUCGAAUGACGACAGGUCUCAAUAUAGUGGAUCUGGCAUGGUUCCUCAACCCAAUACGCCUUCCGUCGACGUUACGGAUUCGGUUUUGAUGCAUCUUUUAACCGAAACUGCGAUCGGAGACAGUGCCGGAUACGAGAUUCUUCCUUUUGAGACAGUCGAAGAUUUGAAACGAGAAUACGCCAUCCUGUCAAGUCGCAUUGAAGGCACUAAACGCAAACUUGCCCUGGAGACCAAAUUAAGAGACGCCGCGCAGUCGCUUCGCCGACUCCCCGAUCCUCAGGCCCAUUUGAAAAGCGGAUAUAUGAAUGGCGGUCCAAAUGGUAUAGCAGAUGAGUCAGAGAAUGACGAGUUCACGGUCAGCGCACAGAAAUGUGAGACGUUGGCGCAAGAGCUGUGGACUUUGGAACAAAGAGCACAAAGUGUUCAUAAGCGACUGCUCGAACAUACUUCCGGAAUACUGCAAUUGACACACCGAGGUUUAAAGAAAAACAUCAAUCGGAAUGGGGCUAAUGGUACCAAUGGCAUGGCUCAACCAAGCACAUCGGAAUUUGAUGACCGCAGCUUAUACAGGUCCUUGGACAAUUCAGAUGGUCAGAAUGGACUGGGAAUCAACUCCAGCGCCCUUCGCAGUACUGAACAAAAGUUGGAGCAGCUCAAUGGACGUCUACGUGAUAUGUUACUCCAAAGUCAGGGUGAUUAUGGCCUGGAACCCUUACCGCAAAAAUCCAAUGAAGAUGAGACGUCUCCGGCCUUUAUGCAGGCUCAUCUUGCGUAUCUGGAAAAUCAUCUCGACAUCCUCCAAAGUGGAAACCUCCCAACAGGCGGAACAGGGCUUGCAGCUGGGGAAAUGGAAACCGAACUCAACGCCAUCAAUGGUCGUCUUCAUACCUUGCUAGGACAGGCCGGCUCACAUCUUUCGCCAACUUUACCUCCACCUCCAAGUCCGUCCGGGGAGUUUGUCAGUACCCACAUGGACUAUUUGCGAUCAGGCUUCGACGACCUACAAAGUCGUAUUGAAGGCUUACAGGAUCAAAAGAGCAUUUUGACGACGCAGAUUCAACAACAGAGAGAGUUGAACUCUAAAUCUGAUGCCGAAAAGGAUGCCCAUGUCGCAGAUAUAACACGUGAGCUCGUCGAAACAAGGAAACAAUUUGAGCUAUCAGAGCGUGAGGUGCAGGGUGUGAGGGAUGAAAUGGCUCUAAUUAUGGAACAGCUCGAUGCUGCCAGACAAUACCAGACCUUGCGCGAUCAAUCACGAGAACAAGAAACUACAGCGUUGGAAACCGAAAGAAAUGCUCGCCAGCAGGCUGAACAAGAGAUUACAAGGCUGCAAGACUCGCUACGUAAAGCGAGCGAAGGUCAAACAAAAGCAGAGACAGAGACGCAUCGUCUUCGAGAAGAAUUAGACCAACUAGAGGGAGAGUUUGCCCGCGCUCAAACGGAGCUUACCGUGGUCAAAGCCGAGCUUGAUGGAGCCUACGGGACUCGGGCUGAGCGGGCUGCUGAAGCUGCUGCCAAUCCUGCUCUUCGAAAAGAGCUUGAAGAUCUAAAUGCCAAGAAUAUCAGUCUCACGGAAGAAUUAGCUUCCCUACGAGCAGGGCAAGACAACGAUCAGGGUGGCGAUUCUCAAAAACGAGUGGAGAUGCUAGAGAAGGAAUUGCGGGAUACAAUUGAAGAUUACGAAGUAAUGACGAAAGCAAGCGUUGAAUUUGAAAAGGAGCGGGAAAAAUACGAAAGUCAUAUCGACAAUCUGCGCGACCGUUGCGAACAGUUGGAAUCACAGCUCAGUGACGAACGCAUUACUUGGAUGGGAAUCAGCAGCCAAAUGACUACAAGAGAUGCUGCCACUGAGACGACUUCGACAAUGGUAUUGAAAAAUGAAUUCAAGAAGAUGAUGCGGGAUACACGGUCCGAGAACAUGAAACUCCUUAGAGCGGAACAAGAAGAACGCAAGAAACUCGAAGCGCUGGUUCGAAGUCUCAAAAUGGAAAAUACAAUGGGCAAGUCGAAUCUCAGUCAAAGUACUGUUGUCUCACACGCCUGA